CCAAAGAGUACUCGAAGCGGACCAGCAGCAUACAGCCUCAGCGUAGAGUUCCACAAUUGUCUAGUAAUUUUGUAGGCCACCUACAGCCAUCCACGACAACAACAACAACAUCAUCAGCAGCAAAAACAACUGCAACAGCAACUACAACAUUUGACAGCGGCGACAGCGACAGCAGCUCAGCAAAAAGAAGCAGCCUCAACGUGAAGCGUAGCUGUCCGUGUCUCGGUUUUACUAACGCCUGUAAACGCUUCUAUCACGGAACGUUUUGCCUCGCCGGGCAUUCUCGUUCGUGCGUCGGUUCGUGCGGCGGUUCGUGUGCGUGAGCAGCGGCCCCAGAAAUUCCAAAAUAGAAUCAUAUUUGCCACGUUUAUUUUAUUGCCAAAUUUGCACAAAGUAUCAACGACGGCGUUUGAGAACAAAUAAAUUAAUCAGAGUGUUUAGAUUGAUGACAACACCAGCAGCAACAUCACCACCAACAGCAACAGCAACAACUACAACGACAACUCAAGUGCAAGUUGAACAAACAUAAAAGAGCGAAGAAAAAAAAAAACAAAACAAAAAAUACAAAAUAUUAAAGCCAAAUAAAUUCAAAUCCAUUCAACAAGCAAAAGCAACAAAAGUGACGAAAGAGUGCAAUGAAUGAAAUGAAAUUGGCAAAUGGCCAAAAGUGUAAACAUUAAAUUGAAAUCAAAAAUUAAAUGAAUACAAGUGUUGCAAUUUGUAAACGCAGUUAACUAAAGUGAACAUAAAACACAAGAGUUAGGGGGAACAAGAAACGGGUAGCUGCAACAUUUUUAUUUUUUCCCAAAUUCGCGCCACUUAGACGCGAACUUUUUGAAAUAAAUUUUCCCCUGUGAACCAGAGCGCAAAGCAAAGCCGGCAACAUAACGGCGCAACUAUUGAACAGUUUCCUGAAGGGUUCACCCCACCAGACGACGAUUGAUAUCAUGCAGAAGCUCUAUUCGGAGCCGCCAAGUGGUGCACCGGUCAGUAUGACCAGCGCCGGUGGCGGCCCCAGUAGUGCUGGCAGUCAACCACCGGGUGGUGGUGGAGGCGGCGGGGGUGGUGGUAAUGGCGGCGGUGGAGCUAGUGGUGCCGGAAACAGCAGCAGCGCCAAUCCAAAUCCCACCUCAAAUGGCGGCAGCAUGAGCCCGCUUGCCCGCUCCGCAUACACAAUGAAUAGCAUGGGUAUACCGGUGGGUGGCAUGUCCUCCGUCUCUCCACAAGCAGCUGCGACUUUCGGCUCCAGCGUUCUGGACUCUGCCGCCGCAGUGGCCAGCAUGAGCGGCAGUAUGGGUGCAGCAGCGGCAAUGAAUUCCAUGGGAGGAAACUGUAUGACGCCCGGCUCGAUGAGCUAUGCAUCGAUGGGGUCUCCGUUGGGUAACAUGGGUGGUGGUAUUGGCAUGACAGCGUGCAUGUCGGCAGCCGGAUUACCCGCCUAUGGUAGUAUGCCCUCAGGCCGUCCAGACUGUGGCCCUGAAUCCCCGAAUUCAAUGGGACGACCCCGUGUGGACAAACCGACAACAUACAGACGCAGCUAUACGCAUGCCAAGCCCCCAUAUUCGUACAUCUCGUUGAUCACAAUGGCCAUACAGAAUAAUCCGACGCGCAUGCUCACGCUCUCGGAGAUAUAUCAGUUCAUAAUGGAUCUGUUUCCCUUCUAUCGACAAAAUCAGCAACGCUGGCAAAACUCCAUACGCCAUUCGCUAUCGUUCAACGAUUGCUUCGUUAAAAUACCACGUACUCCGGACAAGCCAGGCAAAGGGUCCUUUUGGACGCUGCAUCCCGACUCCGGCAAUAUGUUUGAGAACGGUUGCUAUUUGCGUCGCCAGAAGCGCUUCAAGGACGAGAAGAAGGAGGCCAUUCGUCAGCUGCACAAGAGUCCCUCGCACAGCAGCCUGGAGGCCACCAGUCCGGGCAAGAAGGAUCACGAGGACUCACAUCAUAUGCACCAUCACCAUCACAGUCGUCUGGAUCAUCAUCAGCAUCACAAGGAUGCAAGUGGGGGCGCGCUGAGUGGCGUAAAUGUGUUGAGUGCAGCCCACAGCAAGGAUGCUGAGGCCCUGGCCAUGUUGCAUGCGAAUGCCGAACUGUGUCUGGGUCAGCAGCCACAACAUGUGCCCACGCAUCACCAUCAGCACCACCACCAGCUGCAGCAGGAGGAGCUGUCCGCCAUGAUGGCUAAUCGCUGUCACCCCUCGUUAAUUAGCGACUAUCACUCGUCGAUGCAUCCACUGAAACAGGAACCCUCCGGAUAUACGCCCUCCAGCCAUCCGUUCUCGAUCAAUCGCCUGCUGCCCACAGAGUCCAAGGCGGACAUCAAGAUGUACGAUAUGAGCCAAUAUGCUGGCUAUAAUGCGCUCAGUCCACUCACCAAUUCACAUGCUGCCUUAGGCCAGGACUCGUAUUAUCAGAGUCUUGGUUACCAUGCACCGGCCGGAACCACGAGCUUGUGACAUCACCAGUAUCCACUGGCUUAAGGGCGAGCGGACCAGAUGCUGCGCACCAAUGCGGCGGCCACAGCGAGCAGCAUCUUUGGCCACCACCACCAUCAUCAUCAACAACAUCAGCAACAUCAACAGCAUCAGCAACAACAGCAGCAGCAACAGUUGCAGUUGCAACAGCAACAUCUGCAACAGCAACAGCAGCAGCAACAACAGCAAGAUGCAGCGCAGCAACUGACAUCCGCCUCAACGACCACUGCAGCAUCAUCAGCAUCGUCAUCGGCCACAACAACCAGCAACUCACAUCAGCAGCAGCAGCAACAGCAACAACAGCAACAAGAGACAGCACAGCUGCAACAUCAACGCAAGGUUGCCGCAGCUUACUCCAAAGCUGCCGCCAACUACACGCAAAAGCUGCAGCAUCAGCUGCUACAGAGUCAGCUAUCGCCCGAACUUCAAGAGGACUCCUCCAACAUCACCUCUGACCUCAACGAGGAGCAGCUGCAGCAGGCGCAUCAGCAACAGCAACAGUUGUACAACAACUAUCAGCAAUAUGCGGCAGCGGCCUCCUAUCGCAAUUGGAACCACAGCCUAACUUUAAAUGGUGCGGCGGCUCUCCAGAAUUUGCUGUAGCGUAGCGGCAACGGAGACGGUGGCGGUGGCAGUUACCACUAAACACUGAACACAAGGCAGCCCUUUGUGUGAACCACUAGAGGGGCCUAGUGAAUGCGGCCCGUGUUCCAAUUAGCGUUCGGCCUUCAAAAGACACACCGCCGACUUAACUACCAACGUCGUCAUCGUCUUCUUAAGCCGUAGCCAUAGCCGUAGCCGAAGUCUUUGCCACGGCCGUCGGCUUUGAGUUUUUUGAUAUUGUGCGCAUGGCCGGCGGUCGCUCGAGCGACCUUUUAGCACCUAGCGCUGGCUCGGUCGCAUCCUUUGCCAAGUGAGUAACUGUGUCCAAGGCGCGUUAAUCUCAAGAAUGCAGACGUGUCUAUAGUUAGAGCACAUCUACGUCUACAUUUGUAAAUAUUUAGCUCUUCUUAUUCUCUUUUUUAUUUCAUUCAUUUCUAUGACGAGUUCAGGCAAUCAAAUAAAUUAUUCAAAUAAUUACAAUUUUAUUUCAAGAAACCAAUUUAAAGUCCUGUACAUUUUUAAAUUGUAUUGUAUAAUUUAGAAAUGUUGUUGGCCCUUUUGGUAUACUUCACUUUCUUUCCAGUUCUGAUGGAUUCCUUAAAGUGUCUAGUACUGCUUUGGGGUCCACUGCAGUGCUUAUUUGUUGAAUCUGUUAUCAAUUUAAAAAUUUUUCAAGGAUAACCAAAAUAAACUUGUCUCGAUGGAAAGUAAAUUAAAAUAGAAAUAACCACUUUCCUUUUGCAACAAGCCUUUUGAAAGUAUCAGCAACAAAUUUAUUAAUUUAUUUGCUUGUUUGAAGUCGUCUUAAAUCGUAUUUUGUAUUUGUACUUAUAAUAUCAACGAGCACUUGUUUAGUCUUCGGCCUUUAGGUUUUAUGUUUAUGUCGUUUUGUUGAGGGAUUUAAAUGUGGCCUCAGCCGCAAUCCAAAAAGUGAUGUAGUUGUAAGCUCAAAAUGGCAAAAAAGUGUUGUAAAAACGUACAUUAUGUUAAGUAAAAACAAAAACAAUAGCAAAACAAAAUACUUUUGUUUGUUGCUAACUUGCAUAUUAUGCCGAAAAUUCCGUGCCAUUUGUUUCCGAAAAGAGAAAAUUUUGAAGCAGAUUAAAUAUGUACACAAAUUAUAAGAGAACUUACCUAACAAGCAAUAACAAUCAAAUCUGGGGACAGAGAAGUAUAUAGUACAUGAAUACUAUACAAAAAAUAGAGAACUAACCAACUAAACCAAUAUUUACAACUCUGAACGGACUUGAAUCAGACAGCUUUAUAUAAGCGGUGGAUAAGAGGGGGCGGGCGUAUGUGUAAUGUUUCUUAAACCUUUAUCCAAAGGCAAUCGAAUUCGAAUCAAAAAUGAUCAAAAACCAAAAAACAAAGCAAAAAACAUCCAACUAAAAACAAAAUAAAACAAAAGCAAAAGUACUGCAAACACAAGAAUCUUCAAAUUAAAUAUACGAAUGAAAAAAGAUAAACAAGAUUUGGCCAUGCAUUAAAACGUGACGUUUAUUUUGUAUGAUAAUUUUAAAAGUUAUUUUUUAUACGCAACUGAUUUCUCCUUUACAUUACUUGCAAAUGUCCUUUGCAGCACAUGUGUUUAUGUUGUUGUACGAAUUCGAUUAGGCUUAGCGUAUUGUAAAUAAAAUAGUGCUAUUUAAAAUUAAAAUUCAAUAAAUCAAAAAGGCGCCCUGGCCUGUACAUUUCUUCAAACUUGCAAAACAAAAUACCUUUUUAACUAACUUGAGAAUUAAUCAAAUUGUAUGAAAAUUAUGCCACAUAAAAAGUAUAUUGUAUAGCACUUAACGUUUAAUUAGCAUAAAUGAAAAAACAAAGAAAGCUGAAAUUCAACUAAACGAGACGUGUAAACAAUGAACGAAGAAAUUGCAAUUAUUAUUCAAUAAUUUUUAAUAUUAAUUUUAUUAUGCAAAUAUGCGCAAAAAUCACCCAAAAGCUACAGAAAAAAUGAAUGAAACACGCAUUUUUACAUUGAGCUAAGCUAAUUAAUUAAAUACAAUAGUUAAUAGUUUAAUACGAUUACGAUUAAUUAACUGUGCAACUGUGCGAAAUGUCUUGUAAGUUUGUUAAACGCUGCGUAUGCGCAAUGUUUAUGCAAUGUAACUGUAAUAUAUACAUAAAUCGAUAAAUGUCAGCUAAAGCAAAAACAAAAAAAUAAAAACAACAAAUAAAUAAAACAAAUUUGAAAAUAA